AUGUCGCAAUCCUCAGCUUUGGAUAAGCAUCAGCUUGUCACUAUGAUCAACAAUGGCUCCUUUGUGUUGGGCGAUCUCAGCAUCGAUAGAUGCCCUAAGCUAGAGACCGGAGAGGUCUUGCGGGAAGUCCUGAAGCAAGUCUACACGCGGAUGGUGGACGAAGUCUUCAAGACUUUCCAUCUGAACAAGACCGAAGCCAUGCUCUGCUUCAAGAGAUGUGUCAAGAAACUCGUCCGUGGUGAGCCUCUACAGGCGACAAGCCUGGACGAGUACAAUGGAUGGAACAAAGUCAAGAAACAUCUCCAGACCGCCAUGGACCUACAAUCCCGAACUGGGGAUUCUAUUUGCAUCCCAGCUCCUCAUCUCGUAUCUAUCAUUGUUCUGCUCACCAUUCGUCGUGUGCGAAUCAACAGCCUUGCUGAAGACAACCAACCUUUUGCGCGUCUGUUCGGACACUGUCACAUAUCUCGGUGGCUACCCAUUGCUAUCAAGUUCUAUGAGGAUAUGCACAAUGAGCCCUUCAUCUUGAGACUUAGCCGAAAUACCAUUGAACCCAUACUCACCAAGAAGACCUGUGAUGACAAUGAGGUCUGGGUUGUCUGGACCAGCGACCCCUCCCCUUCCGGACCGCGCGCCCUGCCCGCUCAGAUCCUGGAGCAAAUCAAGGGGCUCGAGACACCCACCGACCCUGAUGUCAUGAUGGCUGAGACUGAUGUCGCACCAGUUGAUUCUAACGAUACUGGCGAGGACGAACCCAUCUUUUUGAUACUGACGACUACCCGAGCUGAAGCCCAGCAGUCUGGUGCUGAUGUCUUGAGCAAGCUAGAUCAGCCGGGCGUUGAUCAGGCGUCACUCAAGCUUGGAUUGGAUAUAUGGCUCACUGGUGAGUUGAUCAGGACAUGCCUGAAUGAUGAUCGAGAGACUUGGACUCUCGAGACAGAGGUCCCCGCGGACUCUCAACUUGAAAUCCCCGAAGGAGAUGGCUCGGACUUCUUGCGACUCUACGGCCAGCUUGCCAACAAGGCUUUCCUCCUCAAAAGCUCCUACCCAGAAGAAGCCCGCCGUCUCAUGGAUCGAGCUGGCAAUGGCAUCAAGCUGUUUGCAGACAAAGCGCACAAGAAAGAAGUGCAAGUGAGAGAGAUGGAAGACCGUUUGCACACCAUAGGGCAGCAGGAUGAUCAACGACGCGCUAACAAGGAUGACAUCACAGACCUUUGGUCUCUGCAUGUCCAGCAGACUGGCGAUGUCCCGGACUGCCUCCGACGACUGGCUCUUGCCAACUGCACUCCUGAAGAGGUACAGGAACUUGAAACUGCCAUCGGAGCCAAUCACGAAGACCUCUUGCUGUGA